GUGAUUGCCAGAAAAGCCACCCGGUUCUUAAACAGCCGCGCAUUAUUAGCAAAACUCACCAUCUACAAGAGUCCAAAAACUACAAGUGACCAGCAGAACCAGAACUUUAGACUGCUGCCUCUGAAGCUAAAGACUGCAAGAUGGUUUUGGAAAUGCUGAACCCGAUGCAGUACAAUGUGACCACCAUGGUGCCGGAGACGGUGUCUGUCAGUGUCAUGCCCCUUCUGCUGCUCACAGGCCUGAUUCUCCUGCUGUGGAACCAAGAAGGCACAUCCUCAAUACCAGGUCCUGGAUACUGUAUGGGAAUUGGACCCCUCAUAUCCCAUGGCAGAUUCCUGUGGAUGGGGAUUGGCAGUGCUUGCAACUACUACAACAAGAUGUAUGGAGAAUUCAUGAGAGUCUGGAUCAGUGGAGAGGAAACACUCAUUAUCAGCAAGUCUUCCAGCAUGUUCCAUGUAAUGAAGCACAAUAACUACAUCUCCCGAUUUGGCAGCAAGCGCGGGCUGCAAUGUAUUGGUAUGCAUGAGAAUGGUAUCAUAUUUAACAAUAAUCCAGCUCUCUGGAAAGCAAUUCGUCCUUUCUUUAUGAAAGCUCUGACAGGACCUGGCCUUGUUCGCAUGGUGGCAGUUUGUGCCGAAUCCAUCAUAAGGCAUCUGGACAAGCUGGAUGAAGUCACCAACAGCUUGGGCUAUGUGGAUGUGUUAACCCUCAUGCGGCGCAUAAUGCUGGACACCUCUAACAUACUCUUCCUGGGAAUCCCCUUGGAUGAAGGUCUCAUUGUGAACAAAAUUCAGGGUUAUUUUGAUGCAUGGCAAGCUCUUCUCAUCAAGCCAAACAUCUUUUUUAAGAUUUCUUGGCUCUAUAAAAAAUAUGAAAAGUCCGUCAAGGAUAUGAAAGAUGCCAUAGCUCUUUUGGUAGAAGAAAAAAGGCACAAAGUUUCCAUAGCAGAGAAGCUAGAAGACUGUGUAGACUUUGCAACUGAGUUGAUUUUUGCUGAGAGACGUGGAGACUUAACAAAAGAGAAUGUGAACCAAUGUGUAUUGGAAAUGCUGAUUGCAGCACCUGACACCAUGUCAGUCACUGUGUACUUUAUGCUACUUCUCAUUGCAAAGCACCCAGAGGUGGAAGAGGCAAUAAUGAAGGAGAUUCAGACUGUAAUUGGUGAAAGAGAUAUAAAAAUUGAUGAUAUCCAAAAUUUAAAGGUAGUAGAAAACUUCAUUAAUGAGAGCAUGCGGUACCAGCCUGUCGUGGACUUGGUUAUGCGCAGAGCCUUAGAAGAUGACGUGAUUGAUGGCUACCCAGUUAAAAAGGGAACUAACAUCAUUCUGAAUAUUGGAAGAAUGCAUAAACUCGAGUAUUUCCCCAAGCCCAACGAAUUUACGCUUGAAAACUUUGAAAAGAAUGUUCCUUAUCGGUAUUUUCAGCCAUUUGGCUUUGGGCCCCGUGGCUGUGCUGGGAAGUAUAUAGCCAUGGUGAUGAUGAAAGUUGUCCUGGUUACACUUCUAAGGCGAUUCCAUGUGAAUACAUUGCAAGGAAGGUGUGUUGAAAAUAUGCAGAAAAAAAAUGACUUGUCCUUGCACCCAGAUGAGACCAGUGACCUACUGGAAAUGAUUUUUAUCCCAAGAAACUCGAACAAAUGCCUGGAGCAGUAAAAGAAGUGUGGUAGGCACCCAUUCUGGAGUAUUUUUCAGGGAUACUAUCCAUCAUAACCAGGCAGUGUCCACCUCACAUGAACUAUGUCACAUAUGGCCAUGCCUCCUAUGGGUUGUCAGCAAGAUUGGACAUCCAACCCUUGCCCAACCAGAGAACCAGGAUACAAGGGAAAAGAGUGUGGUGAAGUGAUCAGUGAAGAAAUUGCAGCCCUAAAGGACCAAUUCUACAAAACAUGCUUUGGUUAUCAGCAAAAACCUGUGGUUUCUUGCUGAAUAUCCACUGCCCUGUCCCCAGGAAGCUUUAACGGCUGGGGCAGAAGAACUUCAAGUUGUAAGGCCAACCCUUGGAGGCAGACACACCUGCUACUGUGGAUAAAUGUUUCACUUUAUUUUUGGUGAGGGAUGGGACAGCAACAAUUAUACUCUGAAGUAAAAAACAAAAAUCAGCAUUGGACUUUUCCCACAAGUUAUGCCAGUUACUUCUGAUGUACCCACAUGUAAGUAGU